UUGUAGACGAGCCUUAAGAUUCUAGCGUUUAUUCGACGUGAUUCGACGUUUGUAAUCAUUUAGGAUCCACAUUACCACUUUCAGAAAAAUGUCGGAUUCCACGUUUGAUACCGAUUUUUCUAAUAUAUCUUCUGAUACACAAAUUGAUCCACAAUUAAAUGAACUUUUGGAUAUUGAGAAGGCAAAAUUUGCAACGACUGCACAGAUUCAUGCAUUUAACGAUAUUUGUUGGGAGAAAUGUGUCGAUAAGCCAGGAAGUAAAUUGGGUGGUCGUACAGAAACAUGUAUCAGUAAUUGUGUAAACAGAUUUAUAGAUGUUUCUUUCUUUGUUACCAAUCGUUUUACACAAUUAUUACAAAGUUCUGUAAGAAACUAAAUAGUAUAUAACAUACCUCUACAAUAACAAUGUAUCAUUAUUUUUGUUCAAAUACAAAUACAAAAAAUAACAUACAUGUCAUAACAUACAAAUUAGAAAAAAC